AUGCUCGACCGCUUCAUAUCGCACCGGCUCGCCAACUCGCCUUCCCGCCCCAAAACUUGCAUUGCGAAGUGCUGCCCAUUCCGCCACCUCAAGCCACCUACCUGCUUCUGGUGCCAAUGGGCCUUCUACUUCCACCGCUACAUCGACCUCCGGGUCUGGCCUCAAGAAAGCUCGUCCAGUUUCUGGGACUCUGACCGGCCGAACCGCAACUACCACCGGUGCCGGGACUUCGACUUCGGGGAAGAUAUCUCCAGCGGACGCGGGAACUUCCCGUGUUGCUCCUCCACGUCUCACUCGGUCACGUUACCCACCCAAUGCUUCCAUCUCUGGCGUCAUUUCAUCCGGUGGUGCCCCGGGCUCGACGAUUCCGGGCACUACUGCCAUGACUACAGCGAGAACAAAGCCAACGCGAGAUUAGGACCAGGCGGGGCACGACUAGGUCACACAAGAGCUAAGAGCACCGUUACGGCUAGUUCGACCGUUGCCGCCUCAACAGCUGGAAACAUCCUCUCCAACGCCCCUAUUCUCCGACCGCCGGUGCAAACAACCUCUUCGUCGGUGUCUAGCACGGUUGUCACCGUGCCUAAGACGCGUUCCAGAUCCCCCCAUGCCCGAAAUCCUUCUACAGCUGAGCGGGAGGACCGCCGCCCCCAGACAACCUCCAGGUCGCUGUCGACCGCAACAACAACAUCAUCAAUGGCGACCUCAACAUCAUCAUCAAGGACACCGCCGCUCACCUCCGACACGACGACCUCCUUAUCUUCAAAACCCACCCCGCAGCUCUCCAAAAGACCCGCCUUCACCACACUGCAGCAACACUACUCCCCCCUCCGCAAGACGGGUCCCAAACCCCUGACCGCCACCUACCUGGCGCCCCCAAGCCCCUCGAAACGCCCGGCCAACAUCGCCGCCUCAGCCGAGACGACGCGCCUCCAGACCGAACUCCUCCAACUCCACCUCCUCCACCGCGACGCCCCCGCCACACACGCCUCCUGGCACGCCAGCGCCCGCCGCGCCCUCGAAGCCCGCCAUGCCGACCUCGCCCUCCACAACCGCCAAGUCAGCGACGCCGAGGUCGAGGUCGUCGAGCGCGCCAACGUCGCCACACUACUCGCAUGGGGCGGGACCGGCGCCGCCACCGGCGUCGGCACCCUCGAACAGAAGAUUCAAGUCCUCGACGCCGUCCUGACGGGGCUGUGGGGUCUCGAUAGCCCCGGGGGCCGCUAUGCCCGCGUAGCAAGGCGGUUCGAGAGGUGGUGCGACCGCAUGGUGGGGGCCGACGCGCUGCGACAGAGGAUUUCUUCCCAAGACCACGACGACGCCUUCCUCCUCCUGCUCGGGCUCGGUGAGGCCGGCAACGGCACCGGUAAUGGCAACGGAACCGCGGUCGAAGACGGGCACGUCCUCGUCGGCGGACUGGACGACGCUUGGAAGGACGAUGUUGCCGGCCUCGUGAGGAGGCUAGACGGCUGGAGACGCCAGCUGCAUCACCUCGGAGACGCGCCUAGGAUCGACGGGGCGGCGGGAGCAGCUUCUGCCCACGAGAAUUCUGCUGGGGACGGCGGCAAACAAGAAAUGGUAUCGAGCCUGUGCCGUAUUCUGGAGGGCUGCCGUAGCCUGGUUGGCGAUAUGCUCGCGGAACUGGCCAUCAUGGAGGACAUUGAGCGGGCGGCCGUCGAGAAUGAGACGGACUGGAUUCGGAGGAUGAAUCGGGAAGAGGAUUUGGUUGCACGCCAUAAUCAUUGUGAUACCCCAAGGGCCGGCGCCGUCUGGAGGGUGUUCUGAAUGAGACGACGAGUUACGAUGAACCGCUACGGAACGAAAUAUGAAUUGUGAGACAGAAGACCACGCCGGUUUCAAAUAGUGCUCAUGGAUAUUAUAGCUCUUCGUGUUCCCUUCUUUUUUCCCCCUCAAAACAGACACAUCAAUCCACUCGUUCGCGCCGGGGUGC